GAAAAGCAGGUACUCGCUUCCUCUUCCCUCAAGCGGCUUAGGUGACCCCCCACAAUGGUCCGCUACUCGCUUGACCCAGAAAACCCAACGAAAUCAUGCAAGUCCAGAGGCUCCAACCUCCACGUGCAUUUCAAAAACACUCGAGAAACUGCCCAGGCCAUCAAAGGCAUGCAUAUCCGAAAAGCCACCAAGUAUCUGAAGGAUGUCACUCUACAGAAGCAAUGUGUGCCAUUCCGUCGUUACAAUGGUGGCGUUGGUAGGUGUGCCCAGGCCAAACAGUGGGGCUGGACUCAAGGUCCUUGGCCCAAGAAGAGUGCUGAGUUUCUGCUGCAUAUGCUUAAAAACGCAGAGAGCAACGCUGAACUUAAGGGCCUAGAAGUAGAUUCCCUGGUCAUUGAACAUAUCCAGGUGAACAAAGCCCCGAAGAUGAGGCGCCGAACUUACAGAGCUCAUGGUCGGAUUAACCCCUACAUGAGCUCUCCCUGCCACAUUGAGAUGAUCCUUACUGAAAAAGAGCAGAUUGUCCCUAAAUCGAAGGAGGAGGUUGCACAGAAGAAAAAGAUAUCCCAGAAGAAACUAAAGAAACAAAAACUUAUGGCCCGGGAAUAAAUUGAACAUAAAAUAAAUGUAACUGAAA